GAGACAAUGACUACAUCUUUGCUUUUGAGCAUGUGGUGCUUCCAAUUGCUGCAGAAUUUGCCCCAGACAUCACCAUUAUAUCUGCAGGAUUUGAUGCAGCAAGGGGUGAUCCUCUGGGUUGUUGCGAUGUCACUCCUGCUGGUUACUCUCAGAUGGCAUCCAUGCUAACUGCUUGUUCAGAAGGAAAAUUGUUGAUUAUACUUGAGGGAGGAUACAAUCUUCGGUCUAUAUCCUCAUCAGCUACUGAAGUUGUCAAGGUCCUACUUGGAGAUAAUCCAAGUCAUAGUACAGGUGCAGCUGCACCAUCAAAGGAGGGCAUGCAGACUGUCUUGCAAGUUCUGGAGAUCCAGCAAAAAUACUGGCCAGUUUUGGUUCCAAUCUUUGCAUCACUCGAGGCACGGCAGGAGCGGAGUUCUUCCAGUAUGGUAAGGAAAAGACAACCAGCAAUGUAG